AUACACCACCCCAGUUCAAAUUUAGAGAAGCAUAAAAACGGUCGAUAAAUACAAUUUAUGGAAAAUGUAUUCAAUUCAAGGAGGCAAAACGCUCCAGCAAAUUCUAAAAUUAUUUUACCUGAGUGGAAUAUGGCAAAGUAACGAAGAAUCCAAAUACCGCAGAAUCAGCAAGAGAUUAUUCUACACUUUUUUUGCUGCUUUCUGUCCAUCCUUUUUUGCAACUAAUUCAUUUCUAUGUGCCGAUCGAAAUGAAAUGAUUUUUUCAACACAGGCUGUAAUUUUGGCGUCGGUCAUAUACGUCAAAUCUUUGUACCUUCUCUUCAAGAAACCGGAAAUCCUUGCAUUUUUAUAUGAUCCGAUCGUUGUUCAUUCAAUUGAAACACGUGAAGAAUAUGAGCGAAUGAGCAAAAAGAUAAAGAAAUUUAUGACUUUCGUACGUCCAUAUUUUUUGGCGAUAUGUUUAACUGCUGCUUCGCUCAUUAUUAUAGAACUGCCAAUAUUCUCCGCUGACAAAGGGCUGCCCUUUUUUAUUAGUUUCACUUGGAACGAUUCAGAAGUUGUUUAUUGGUUGGCGUACUUGUUCCUAUCUCUGUCAACGGUGCUGUACUGUGUAAUAAAUUUUAGUAAUGCGAUAAUUUGGUACAUAAUGCUGAAUUAUUCUGUGGAGUACCAACUGUUGGGGAAUAGGUUGAGAAACUUAGGAGUGACUAUAGCGAAAAAUCAGAACAAAAACGAAAAAGAAAAGAAAAUCGGGAAACCAGAACUGAAACAGAAAACCAUCAAUUCGGUACCACAAAGUAAAAAAUUCGUCGAAAACUUAAUCGUUUUGGUAAAAGCUCAUCGAAACAUGACGGAAACAAUCGAGCGAUUCAGGAUCCUGUUUCUCAACAUUAUUUCUGGCCCAAAUCACAACCAGCGGCAUAAUAAUUUGUGUUUCUGUGGUCUUGAUAUAUCCAAUGAACUCGGAAACUUUUAUGACGAUGAAGAAAUCGAUGAGGUUUUGGAAGAUUUGAUGAACGAUUUGGAAGUGGUUCCAAUGUUUCGGUACUCAUGUAUCGACUGUGCCUAA